CCGCUGAACAGAGUGAGAUUGUAAACAGGGAGUGAGAUUGGGAGUGAGAUUGUAAGCAGGGGAGCUGCACGCAGCUUCGAGUUUGAUUUGGAGCGCUUCUGCAGUUUAUGUAUCGCAGCGUCGGGAUCAGCAGUCGUUUGCGCUUGUGUUUUUUUAUUUGUAAGUUUAUAUAUGCUACCUAUGUCCUGUUAACGGGACAUAUUUAAUACAGCGUUUCCAUUAAGCCAACCUCUAAGUAAUUUUUUUUUAAAAUAUAUUUUAAAGUUUAUUUUUGAAAUCAAAGGUCUGGCACACGUUUGAUCCCAGACCUCCUGCUGUCAAUAAAACCUCUCUCCGGGUAAAGCGGCUUUUGAAUCGGCUUGAGCAGGUCUGAGCGACCGGAUAAGUGGCUGUAUUGCCCGCUGAUUCUAGUAAUGGGGCUCUUUUUUACCAAAUUAAUGACCGUCUUCGGGAACCGAGAACACAAGGUGAUCAUCGUUGGGCUGGACAACGCGGGCAAAACCACCAUCCUGUACCAGUUCCUGACGAAGGAGGUGGUGCACACCUCCCCCACCAUUGGCAGCAACGUGGAGGAGAUCGUGGUGAGGAACACACACUUCCUGGUGUGGGACAUCGGGGGGCAGGAGAGCCUGCGCUGCACCUGGAGCUCCUACUACUGCAACACUGAGAUCGUGGUCCUGGUGGUGGACAGCACUGACCGGGAGCGUCUGUCGGUGUCGCGUGAGGAGCUGCAUCGCAUGCUGGCGCAGGAGGAGCUGCGCGGGGCGGCCGUCCUCGUCUUCGCAAACAAGCAGGACGCCAAGAACUCGAUGAGCGCCGGAGAGAUCUCCAGCUUCCUCACGCUCGGCGCCAUCCGAGACCACCCCUGGCACAUACAGGGCUGCUGUGCCCUCACCGGGGAGGGAUUGCCAGCUGGUCUGGACUGGAUGCGUUCUCGAGUCACCGCUAACUAGAGACAAGUAGCAAGGAUCUACUUUCUUGACCUGAUGGUGUGCUGGCGGAUCACGGACAAUUUAUAAGGAGCCAGGACGCCCCGGGAUACGCACGACCGGAACUACUUUCCUACACUGCUAAGGGACUGGGAUGCGAUUUUAAAAGACUUUGUGAUCACGAGGCUGGUCUUGGGAGCUGGACUGGGGGAGGGAUGUGGGUUCGAGCUGCCUGUCUCUGCAGACGGAGUGCAGGAGCCCCAUAGAUUACAUGAUGGGGUCGCUUGCAGGGCGGUCCUGAGCUCUUGGGUUUGCAGUAUUUGAGGCAGUUCAGUGGGUACUACAAUUCAAAAGCUGCUGUUCAGUAUUAACUACGGUUUUAAAUGAUUUUUCUUCUUUUUUUUAAUGAUCAAAGAAACAUGUAAACAUUUACUUGAAACAGGAAGUGCCUGAGUAGGUAUGAUUUGUAUAAUUUUCCUUUGAUUGUUUUAAGUGUUUUUUUUUAAUGAUUUUCUCUCUUUUUAUUUUUUUAUAAAACUGUCCUGUAUUUUUGUACUUCAUAAGAAUAAAGAAAUAUCUGUGUGACUGA